ACCCUUGCGAGCAUAGACCUUUACACAAGCCUGUCUCUGUGUGUGUGGAGGCCUGCCUGGAGUCUCUCAGCCCCACCUGCCAGACAACACCCCUCCCACCUCACCCGGUCUCCUAGAUUCUCCUGAAAUCUUCAUCUCCAUCUUAGCCAGCCUGGACAAUGCCUCCCAACCUCACCGGCUAUUACCGCUUUGUCUCGCAGAAGAACAUGGAGGACUACCUGCAAGCCCUAAACAUCAGCAUGGCUCUACGGAAGAUAGCGCUGCUGCUCAAACCAGACAAGGAGAUUGACCAUCAGGACAAUCACAUGACAGUGAAGACCCUCAGCACCUUCCGCAACUACGUUCUGGAAUUUGAAGUGGGAGUUGAGUUUGAGGAGGAUCUGCGCAUGGUGGAUGGACGAAAAUGUCAGACCAUAGUAACUUGGGAGGAGGAGCAGCUGGUAUGUGUGCAGAAAGGGGAGGUGCCCAACCGAGGCUGGAGGCACUGGCUGGAGGGAGAGAAGUUAUACCUGGAACUGACUGCGAGGGAUGCAGUGUGUGAGCAGGUCUUCAGGAAGGUCAAGUAGCCGGAGAGGAGCUGAGGGUCCCUCCAGACAGCUCUUGCUUGUAUCCCUUCAAACCCAGAUUGUCCCAGGUCAGCAGUCCCUUUCUCAGGCCACUUCACCCUCCCUCUGGGUGCCUCCUCACCCCUCCCUAUGUUAAUCUAUAAUUGCAGCCCCCAAGGCCAAAGUCCCUUCUUUUUUGCACUCCACUGCCCAAUAGUGACCUCAUAUCCAGUUCAAGGACUGGCCUUCAGGAUGAAAAAAACAGGCAAAGGGGUAAGGGCCCUUGAGAAUAACUGAUGUCAACUCUCUUUUGUUCAUUUGGCCUCUUAUUUUCCAUCUAAGAAAGAACUAAGCUCUGAGUAUUUGGGGGUUAAUAAAAAUUCUAUCCCGGUGGACCCUUUUGGAAAACUGUGACUGGCGUUCAAGAAUUUAAACAGGAGGGGCGGACUGGUGGACGGGUGGCUCAGUUGGUUAGAGCACAAGCUCUGGGCAACAGGGCUGCCGGUUCGAUUCCCACAUGGGCCAGCAAGCUGCACCCUCUGCAACUAGA